UGAUUCAAAAUUUUUAUAAUAAAUACAAAAAUGAUUCAAACAUAUGAUAUUUGUAUCAUCGGAGCUGGUUUAUCAGGAUUGAGUGCUGCUUAUUAUACCAGAAAGAAAAGUGAUAAAAUCAGCUUACUUAUACUAGAGGGGAAAGAUAAAUGUGGAGGACGUUUGUGUUCAACACCUUCCUUUAAAUAUGGUGAAAGUUUAAAUAACCUAGAGUUAGGAGGGGAAUGGAUAUCAAGAGAUCAGGUUCAUAUUGAUUGGUUAUUAUUUGACUUAAAAAUUGACUUGAAAACUCAAAAUCAUACUGGAAGGGACAUAUGGAAUUUUGAAUUUUUUCUACCAUCUUAUUUAAAUAUCAUAUCUCAAGGAAAAAAUAUAAACAUUGAUAGAAAAUCUUUAAAAUUUAUAGAAGGAAAUGGAAAUACAUUUUUUAAUUUCAUAUCAAAUAUUUUAUGGAAAAUUUACUUAUGGAAAGUUAACUUAAUUCUAAAGAUUUUAAAUCAUUUGAAUUUAUAUAAAAAAUACAAUUAUAAUAUGAUUGAUAAUCUUGAUGUAAUGACUAUGAAAUCUUAUUCAAGAAAAUUUAUAAAUUGGUUAUUGUUAUCAAAAUUAAGGAUAGAUGUAAUGAACGUAACUCAUAGGGUGCUAUUCGGUACUGAGUCCAAACGAGUCCCGUUUUUGUUUUACGCCCUUUACAGUCUCCCCUUAACUUCUCAUCAGGGAUCUGGUAUAUAUGACGCCUUUCUUGCCGCUAAAUUAAAGGGAGAUGCUCCAAAAAGAAUGAGAAUUAAGGAAGGCGCACAUACAAUAUGUGACAAAUUGGUCGAAUCAUUAUCAUCUAAACAGAACCUAAAAAUUUCGUACGAAAAAAGAGUUGAAUCUAUCUAUCAGGAUAAAGAUACCAAAAAUUUUACGAUAACUUGUCGGAAUGGGGAAGUGUUUGAAAGCAAAACAGUUAUAAUGGCUAUUCCUCCUGUGUGCUUAAAAGACAUCAAAUUUGAUCUGAUAGCACCAUUAUCAAAAGGGCUAAGUUCUUUGUUCCAACAUUGUCAACCAGGUCAUGUGAUAAAAUUCGUUAUCGUAUUUCCCACGCCUUUCUGGCGCGAUCUAAAAUAUUCCGGACUAGUAGUUAACUGUCCCAAAGAAAGACCUUACUUUUACGGAAAAAACUUCCUCGAGGACGAAACAACACCAUUGGAGGAGUCGGAAAUGGAAUUAGAUCUGAGAUAUUCUUACUUUUGCAGUAAAACGGAGGUGUUUAGAUAUAAGGGAGCCACUCCGGUAGCUCCCUUCGAUUGUGUAUUUGAUUCGGGACCUGGCGAAGAUGAUGGAACAGAAAAGGGCGAUACGGAUGAAAAGAUUUUGGGAAAAAGAAUUAAGUAUGGGUCCCUAAGUGGGUUCAUAGGCGGUGAUAAUUACCUGUUUUGGAAGGACAAACCGCAAAAGGAACGAUUCGUAGCAAUUACUUCUUACCUCAAUUUCGUGUGGCAAACUACUAAAGCUAAAGAAUCUUUACACUACUUUGAAAAGAAUUGGUGCGAAGAAGAUUUGUGCUAUGGGGGCCCAGUUGGUGUUCCAUCUACGGGAUAUUCCAAGUAUUUAUUGAACCUCAGAGAACCUCACGAUAAAUGCUUGUAUUUUGCCGGGUCAGAAUCGGCGGAUAUAGAUAUGGGAUCGAUGUCUGGGGCCGUCCAAGCUGGGUUGAGGUCCGCCGUGACAUGUUUAAAUGACCAUUGGCCCGAUGUGAUUAACGAGUCCGAAAUUGGAGCAAUGAGAGGUCGUGAAGACCUAAGCUCCGAAAAAAAUAUAUUUGGCUAUGAAAGGAUGGUAUCUUCUAGAUCUAAUUACUCGAUAAACGAGCAAUCGAAAAAAGGAAAAUUAUAAGUAGGGAAAAUGGAAAUAUUUAAAUGGAUUUUGAAUAUCAUUUAAUAAUCUAUUUAAAAAUUACUUACAUAACAAUAUCCUUAUAUUAAUAAAUAAGAGAUGCGAUUAAAAAAAAUGAAUGCCAAAUAUUUUUGACCGCAAAAUUCAAAUUGUUAUCUCUGAAUUAAGUGAUAUAUAUAUAUAAUGAUAUCUGUGAUAGAUA